AUCCGGGCCGUCAAUUGGAAACUAAAGCAAAACAUACCCAUCACCUUCUUCUACUCUUUCAUCUCCACCAAAUCCCACUCACUGAAAUCUCUGUCACUGUCCAUCUCCAUCUCUCUCUCUCUCUCUCUCUCUCUCUCUAAAGCCAUUACCAUGCUGAUCUCGCCCACCCCACUCUCUCUCAUCUGUGCCCUCAUACUCUGCAUGCCCCUCGCCGUCGUCUUCACCGUCACCAGCCCCACCAACAUUCCUCUCCAAAUCCCCAAAUCCUCAACCAAAGCCCACCGGAAACUAAACCUGACGCCUCUUCCUCCGCCUGCUCCGCUGCCUUUAGAUGACGUAUCUCUUUUACGAAUCGCCGCCCGGGUUAACUCGAGGCCGCCCAGGUUCAAGAAGCCGAAAAUCGCCUUCAUGUUCCUCACCACCACCCCGCUGCCCUUCGCUCCUCUGUGGGAGCGAUUCUUCAGUAGCCCCAAGUCGCUGUACAGAAUCUACGUCCACGCCGACCCCAGAUUCCCUUACGAGCCUCCUUUCUCCGGCGUCUUCGCCGGCCGGGUUAUUCAUUCGAAACCCGCCCAGCGGUUCACCCCCACUCUCAUUUCCGCCACGCGCCGCCUACUCGCCCACGCGCUGCUCGACGAUCCCCGGAACUCGAUGUUCGCGCUGCUCACUCCCUCGUGCAUCCCCCUCCACUCCUUCAACUUCACGUACCGGACCCUGGCCGCGUCGAAGAAGAGCUUCAUCGAAAUCCUCGACAACGAGAUCGGGGCGUACGACAGGUGGGCGGCGCGUGGGCCGGACGCGAUGCUCCCGCAUGUGAGCCUGGAGGAGUUCCGGAUCGGGUCGCAGUUUUGGGUCCUGAAGCGGAAGCACGCUCGGCUUGUGGUGAGUGACCAGCGGCUUUGGUCCAAGUUCAAGCUCCCGUGCGAGCGGUGGGACACGUGUUACCCUGAGGAAAAUUACUUCCCUACCCUCCUCAACAUGCGCGACCCAGACGGGUGCGUGCCUGCCACGCUCACGCACGUGGACUGGACCGGGAGGGUCGACGGCCACCCGGUGACGUACAACGCCUCCGACGUGGGCCCAGACCUGAUCUGGUCGCUGAGGGAGGACAGGCCCAGGUACGGCGACGAGGUGAACGUCAACGCCACCGAUUGGUCCGGCAGCGAACGCCACGAUCCGUUUCUUUUCGCGAGGAAGUUCCCGCCGGACGCAAUCGAGCCGUUGAUGAGUAUGGCGAGUGACGUCAUUUUCAGAGACUAAAUUAAGUGUUACUUUUUGUGGGUAAUUCCGUAAUUGUACUUAUAUAUAGAAGUUAAAACAAAAAAAAGAAAAGAAAAAUCAAAUCCGGGAACAAACCCGGUGGGCUUUGAGGACUUAAUUGUAUAUCUAUUUUUAGUUUUUUUGUUU